AUGUAUCAACCUCAAUAUGGCGUGCCGCAGCAAGGCAUGCAGCCAGUCGCUUACAACAUGAACGGCAUUCAAGCUGCUGCCAUGGCAGCCACCGCCGCCGCAUCUGGCUCAAAUUACCCCUACAUGCACUCCGACCCCAACAUGCCUCACACAUCUCCCCGCAUGGGCGGGAAGAAGGACGGCCGUGCCUCUCCGCGAAUGAACAGCCAAAUAUCGCGCCGAGUGAGCCAGUCAGGGGUCCCAAACCCGCAGGCCAUGAUGGGUCGACCCGGCGUCCCCCAGGCGCAAAUGGCCAUGGCUCAUCCACAGUCUCCCGAGAUGGCCGCGAGUGGCGUCGUCGAAGAGUCUCCGCUUUACGUCAAUGCGAAGCAAUUCCAUCGAAUUCUGAAGCGCCGCGUUGCGCGCCAAAGGCUUGAGGAGCAGCUCCGCCUGACUUCCAAGGGCAGACGCCCAUAUCUUCACGAAUCGCGUCACAAUCACGCCAUGCGGAGACCUCGAGGACCCGGGGGUCGCUUCCUGACGACAGAAGAGGUCGCUGCCCUCGAGAAGGAUGGCAAAGGUCCAGAGGACAGCCCCGAAGAAGGCGAAGAAUCCGCACAUGAUGGACACAACAAGAGGUCGAAGAAGAAUGACGACGCGGACGAGGACAACGCCGAAGCCGCAGCGGAAACCAGCUGA